AAAAUGGCUUGAUAUAAGAAAAUGGAAAAUUCUGGAUACCUCUCUGAAUUAAUAGAUAUUCUGGGGGCGAUAGAAAAAGAGAGAAAAACAUUAAAGGAUCAAAAAGUAACAUCUGGUGUCCCGAGUGCUCUUUGGCGAGGAGAGCAGCUGAAGGAAGCUGUUUCGGAGACGUCUAAGGACCAGGAGCAUGUAACAUCUGGUGUCCCGGGUGCUCUGUGGGAAGGAGAGCAGCUGGAGGGAGCUACUUCGGAGACGUCCAAGGACCAGGAGGAUGUAACAUCUGGUGUCCCGGGUGCUCUGUGGGAAGGAGAGCAGCUGGAGGGAGCUACUUCGGAGACGUCCAAGGACCAGGAGGAUGUAACAUCUGGUGUCCCGGGUGCUCUGUGGGAAGGAGAGCAGCUGGAGGGAGCUACUUCGGAGACGUCCAAGGACCAGGAGGAUGUAACAUCUGGUGUCCCGGGUGCUCUGUGGGAAGGAGAGCAGCUGGAGGGAGCUACUUCGGAGACGUCCAAGGACCAGGAGGAUGUAACAUCUGGUGUCCUGGGUGCUCUGUGGGAAAGAGAGCAGCUGGAGGGAGCUACUUCGGAGACGUCCAAGGACCAGGAGGAUGUAACAUCUAGUACCACACUAACAUCUGGUGUCCCGAGUGCUCUUUGGAGAGGACGGCAGCUGAAGGGAGCUACUUCGGAGACGUCCAAGGACGAGGAGGAUGGUAAAACAUCCAAUUGAGACUCUCUUGAUGAAAACAGACAUGAGCCGUGGGUGCUGACCACAAGGGUCCACGGCAUCAAAGAGAUCAUAUGGAAAAAGAGGAGAAGGCAGAAAGAGCUGCAGAGAAGAAGCUCCCAGGACCAGAGAUGGAAAUGGAGAGGAGAACUGUAAUCUCUAUUGGGACUGUUAUCUCUUAUGAGCCUCAACACAGGAGCCACAGCAACAAGAAAGUCGAGUAACUUUGUGGCACCAGCACACCACCUGGCUGAUCAAAAGGGACAAUGGAGUUAUACCUGGAACACUGGUGGUGCAUAUGGUAGGGUGGGGACAACAAACAUCUGAUUUUCAUGUAUGUGGCCAUGUGUCACAGUUAACAGGACAUUAUAGUACUGAUACACUCCAGGCAAGGAUGAUGGAUACAUAUAAAUAGUCACUUUAAUUAC